AAACAGCUCUGCACUGACCGGCAACCCUUUCGCACUUGCCUCACUCUCCUUACUCUGCACCUCACUAUGGGUGCCUUCGACUUUCUCCACACCGACGCCAACCUUGAUGGCUGGCAUGGGCCCGUCACUAGCACUAUUGAGCAAGCGGGCGCGCAUCGCACAGCUCCCGACCUGCACAAAUCAUGAUGGGAAUGGCGAGCGAUGGUGGCCUAAACAAGGAGGGGCGCGCGAUGCACUAAGCCACCGACUACGCAGAAACUGGCGCCCGCUAACCCCAGACUGGUGCGAGCUCAACUACACCACCUCCUACCUCAUCGCCGAGUUCGUCAACACACUCACGAAUGUUCCUGUCAUCUUGAUGGGACUGUACGGCGCGUGGUCGACGGUCGCAAGCGGCGCGCCAAGGCGAUACGCGCUCGUGUUCAUCGGCCUCUCCCUCAUCGGCAUCGGGAGCUUUGGCUUCCACUGCUCGCUCAAGUGGUCCUGGCAGCUGAUGGACGAGCUGCCAAUGAUCUAUGUCGUCUCGUACGCCGCCUAUCUCGUCGUUGACACUCUCCCCGGCUUCAAGCCGCGCUUUGGAAUAUGGGGUCCGGUGCUCCUGGUUGUGUGGGACGUGUUUGUGACGGUUUCCUACGUCAUGCUCCCCAACCCGGUGUAUCACCAGAUCGCAUUCGCGCUCAUCAUGACGUCGGCGGUCCUGCGCUCGGCGCAGCUCAUCCUGCGCCUGCCCGAGACGAUGCGGGCCAAGCUCGCGCGCACGCUCGGCGGCGGCGUGGGCAUCUUCGUGCUCGGCUUCGCGAUCUGGAACGCGGACAACUACUUCUGCGUCUACCUCCGCUCGACGCGCGCCUGGCUCAGCGCCCACGGCCUCGGCCCGCUCGGCGCAUUCACCGAGGGCCACGGAUACUGGCACCUCGCAACAGGGCUCGGCGCGUACCGCAUCUUCAUUGCGUCUAUCCAACUCUGCCUCGCGAACAAGACGAGUCCCGGCGAGUGGGACUACGACGAGACGCUGUGGUUCCCCGUCGUGCGCCGCGUCAAGCCUAUUGCGCGCAGUGUCAAGGCUCCUAUCGUGCCGGAGCGCGUCGAUGAGAAGCGCACCGGCGACGAGACCCCAUAGCACAUAACCCUCUAGAAAACUCAGG